AUGCCAUCUAAUGCCAUCCUUCUUUUUGGAGCUGUGGCACGCAGCGGCACCAGCUUUAUCUACACGUCGGGAAAUCACGAUUGGCUGUUGGAGGGCCAGCAAGGAGCUUCUAGUUACGAUGCUGCCCGAAUACCGGAGCUGGCAUCAACUCUCAGGCCGUUCUACGAGCAGAGCCUUUCAAACGGAGGGUCAUGCUAUAUGUCUUUGGGCGACUGGAGUCGGCCCGGUGCGGGUAUCCUGUAUGGUUGCACAAUGGUGAAGGGGUUAUUGUUGCUUUUCAUCGACAACUCCAACUACCAAGUGGACGCGGACCAGCUGGAAUUCACCCGCCUACAAGUUGAAAGCGCGAGCAAAGACACUCCCAUCGUCAUUUUGUUGCACAUCCCGUUAAUGCUUCCUGGCGCGACAUUGGCGGCAAAAGAGCUUUGUGGUCAUGCGCAAUGGGGUGCUGCGACUGACACAUUGUGGCAAGUGGAGGGCAGGCCAAGAUGGCCGGCCGGCAACUUGCAAAGCACUCUUGACUUCAGGGACUUGCUGCAGGCGAAGGCUGCCCCAACAGGUCCCGUGGUAGCUGUUCUCUCAGGGCACACGCACGAGGACGCGGUCGUUUCCCUUAGCCUGCCCGCAGAUGCCUGUGAACCGUCGGGUCGAUCCUGGACGGUGCGUUCAGAGGGCGGACGCGAGAAGACGCAGGAGGUUUCUGGAGCCCUCCAGUACACCACGCAUACCGCCGCAGAAGGGGCCUACCGGGUCCUCACCAUCUAUUGA